CCGAGCGGGCCCCGCGCCGCCAUGGCCAGCCCGCCGCCGUGCGGGCCGAGGUCGGCCCCGUGCCGCUCGCCGCCGCCGCCCGAGCCGCCGCCGCGGGUGAAGGUGGUGGGGCUCUUCACGAGCUCCAGCUUCCAGAGGGCGAAGAGCGCCGCUGAGAGUCUGAAGAGUAAUUAUCCAUCCAAAUUUGAAGAACCUAUAAUAGUUCCUCUUCAAGAAUUUGCAUGGAAUCAAUAUCUACAGGAGAAAAAAAGGGAGCUCAAGAAUGAAAUUUGGGAAUAUUCUUCCUAUGUGAUGUGUUUUGUUAAUGAUCAGCUCCUGGGUGACGCAGCUGAUCUUCAGAAAUGGGCUCACAAGAUGUGGGAUAUAGUUGACGUUAAGCCCCCUGAACUUUAUGAGGCGCUCACUGUGGAUUAUUCUGCUAAAUACUUAAGAGAUACCAAGCAUGAUUUUGUGUUCUUGGACAUUUCUAUUGAUUUUCAUCCAAUUGGAAGACUGAUUUUUGAGCUAUACUCUGACGCAUGUCCCAAAACGUGUAGAAACUUUCAGGUCUUAUGCACAGGAAAAGCGGGGUAUUCUCAAAGUGGCAUCAAGCUACAUUACAUAGGUUCAGUUAUUCAUCGAGUAGUACCAAAUGGUUGGAUACAAGGAGGAGAUAUAGCAUAUGGAAAAGGAGAUGACGGAGAGUCGAUUUAUGGACCAACAUUUGAAGAUGAGGACAAAUUACCUACAGCCAUGAAAUCUGCAUGGUGUCAGCAUCUCUGUGGGAGAAAGCAGCACAUCUGAUGGCCUUGAGAAUAACAGCACCCCAAAAUGGCCAACAGUGGGUCCACAAUGAGGAGGUGUUACUGUGAAUGGAUUCAAAGUUAUGCAGAAUAUAAGGCAACGGUGACAAAGAAGGAAUGAGGACAGACCCAAGAAAUCUCAGAAAGCAAGUUGCCACGUUGUUGAACACUACAUGAAAACAGCACAAGAGGGAGCUUUGUGAAAUCAGGAAAGCUAUCUCCCUUCUAAAGCCACACACCCUUCUAAACAUAUAGGAAAACUAAUUUUACAUAAAAACAAGCCACAAAAAGUUUCAUGGUUAUCAGAUGUAGUAAAAGAGAAUAAGGAGCAGAGUAACAUUACUACAGAUAAUGAAAGUACACUAGAAAGACAUGCUCACAAAACAGAUUAAAACUGUACAAAUUUCAGAUUGAGCCAGAAGCCAUUGAAAAUAUAAGACAGGAAAGAACUCAUAAAUCAGAAUUAGAAAAACAGACUUGUGGUUACAGAACUAGGGAAGAAUUAGCAGUAAAAGAACACUUCAGAAAUAAAUUAGAAGGAACAUGGAUCAAAUAAACAUGACAGAUAAUCUAAGUCUUAAAAGAAGUCAAAGGUGGAAGGAGGGAAUUUUUUUAAACCAAGAAGAAAUGAAGAAAGUUAAAAAGGAUUUAUAAGAAAGUGACAAAUAGCUGGAAAGAGAAGAUCCAACAUAUGGACAGGUGUCCAAAGGAUUAAAUGAAUGCAAGGGAAUGAAACAAAUACUAAGAACUAAGAGUGAAAACACUGUCCUGAAUUUAAAAAGGACUUGAUGGGGCAGCCCCGGUGGCUCAGCUCAGUGGUUUAGCGCCUGCCUUCAGCCCAGGGUGUGAUCCUAGAGACCCAGGAUUGAGUCCCACGUCAGGCUCCCUGCAUGGAGCCUGCUUCUCCCUCUGUCUGUGUCUCUG